AUUGCCAAGACAACAGACCCAACCCCCACCCGCCGGUGCGUCAGCAGGGGUAUCUCUUGGCCUGCUUCGCUGUAUUGUCGUUAGUGGAUGUCCGGAAGUGAGAUUGUUGUCAGGGAGCGUGUUGGCCCCUAAUCCGGGAUGUUCCGCGUCUUCAGCCUGGUGAUUGCGGCCGGCCUGGUGCUGGCCUGCCUCACCGCCUACGUCCUGGAGAACUACACCGUGCAGCCCGCUCUCAACCGGGAGCCGCACCCGCGAGAUGGCCAGCCUCCUUACCCGGGUCGGGGCACGGACAACCUCUUCUGGUUUCUGCAGGUGUCCGACCUCCAUAUCAGUAGGUUCGUAGAUCCCCAAAGAACCCCUGAUUUUAAGACAUUUUGCACAGAGACCAUUGAUGUAAUUAAGCCAGCAAUUGUUUUCGUCACAG